AUGUCGUUAAAUAAAUCGUUUCGUGUUGCGGUCAAAUUAAGUAUAAGGAGUUAUUGUGUACAAAGACCUUUUAAAAAAACCCCGAAAAUCCUCAUCACCGGCGGCCUGGGACAACUUGGCGUCGAGUGCGCAAAGUAUCUAAGAGGAAAAUACGGCAAAAACAACGUGAUACUUUCAGAUAUAAUAAAACCCUCAACAGAAAUUUUCAACGAUGGGCCAUAUAUAUUUGCCGACAUCUUAGAUUUCAAAGGGCUACAGAAAAUCGUUGUAGAUCACAGAGUGGAUUGGUUAAUACAUUUUUCAGCGCUACUUAGUGCAAUUGGCGAGCAAAACGUUCCACUAGCUGUAAGGGUCAAUAUAGAAGGGAUGCACAAUGUCAUGGAGCUCGCUAAACAGUACAAUCUAAGAAUUUUUGUUCCUAGUACCAUUGGUGCUUUUGGUCCAGACUCUCCUAGAAACCCAACUCCUAACGUUACAGUACAAAGACCAAGAACUAUUUACGGUGUGUCAAAAGUGCAUGCAGAAUUAUUAGGAGAAUAUUAUCAUUACAAAUUUGGACUGGAUUUCCGUUGUCUCAGAUUUCCAGGUGUGAUCUCCAGUGAUCCACCAGGCGGAGGAACUACAGAUUAUGCAAUCGCGAUAUUCCACGAAGUGCUCCGUAAAGGUCAUUACGACUGUUACUUGAAGCCGGAUACCAGAUUGCCAAUGAUGCAUGUCAAAGAUGCCCUGCGAGCACUUUCAGAGUACUUAGAAGCACCUAAUGAAUCCUUAAAUAGAAGAGUCUACAAUGUGACGGCAAUGAGUUUUACUCCAGAAGAGUUAGCCAAGGAGAUGUUUAAAUACUUAUCUGGUUUUACGAUUUCGUAUAGACCUGACGACAGACAAAAUAUUGCUGAUUCUUGGCCACAAGUAUUCGAUGACAGCGAGGCGCGGCGUGAUUGGAAUUGGAAGCCUGAAGUGGACAUGGAUAAUCUCGUGAAACUUAUGUUGAAGGAGGUAAAAGAAAAAAUAGACGCCAACGGGUUUUGA